AAAGCACUGCAGGGUGUCGAGCUCGGAGCUAGCUCAGUCGGUUUGCCACAGCCAAGCCCAGACUCUCUCUCGAGUCAAUGGAAAAUGUCACGAACUUCACCAACUUCGAGGAGUUCGUGGCAGCAGUUCCGCAGGUGGCCGGCCAGUCUGAAAGAGCAUUGACGUUUGUCGGCAUCAUGUUCGCAAUAGCCCUGUUGACUCAAGCCAUUGGCACCGCGGUGCUCUUUUGCGCCGGAAUGCUCAAAGCACCAAACCCCGAAAGUGACUCGACGCGGCUGAUGGCGGACACUGUGGGCGCUGCCACGAUCGACGUCCACGCGCCGGACAGUGACCCGUCGACCGCGACGGACGUGGCGCCGGAGGCGGCAGAGGCGGCGCAGGCCGUGCAGCCGACGUCGACCCCAGAGGCGCUGCCCUGGGUGAAGCACCGACCGCGCUACGUCGUGGCGGCCUUUUCGGCGACGUAUCUCCUCUGCGUGGCCGCGGCUGCAUCAAGCUUGGCCACCAACCAGCUGAGCCCAGAACAUGGGCUGAGCUGGGAGGUGUACACAGGGCUCUUCAGCUGUGGAUGUGUGUGGCUGCUCGCUCAGGCCGUCCUCGCAGCCAUACGGCUGCCGGCCGGGCGGCACUAUGGCAUGCUCUCUUUCACGGAGGCCAUGAUUUCUGGCGUUUGCCCCUUCGUGUCGGAUUCCUUCGACACCAUGAAGGACAUCCUCUUCGCCUUCCUUUGCUUUGCAGCGGAGGACGCGUUCGUCCAAGCGCUUGGGGCACUCACUUUAAUCUGGCUGGUGACGUUCCACAUCAUCUUGCUGCGAGAUAAAAGAUGCCAGCUGGAAUUUGCCUCCAACCACCUGGCGGUGUUGUCAUUGCCCACGUUUUCUGCUGACUCAACCGAUGCCAGCAAGAAAGCUAUCCAGGCCAAGGCUGAGAAGGUUUCAUGGACGAAGUGGGCCUUCAGCAAAGCCAGUGGCAUGUGCUCUGAGUUGCUGCCGCUCCUCUACAAGCAGUUUACUCCCACGAAAAGAAGCUUGGCAAUGGUCAGUGCUUUGGCCAUCCUCUACCUGGCUUUAGUCCCGGGAGGCAGCACCGUAGUGGCCGUUCUGAAUCUCGCCGUUCCCAUCGUUCAAGUGACUGGCACCUUUGUGCUGUUCAAACCAUUGCAGCGCCGCAUCGCUCCGAAGCUGGCCAGCAAACUGGACGCGGCGCUGGAGGCCGCCGACGGCGACCAAGUCGUCCGUCUGAAGGACGAGGCUGGCUUGGAGAAUGACGCCGGUCUUUUUCGCGAAAUCUGCGUGGAGAGCCAUUUGCUGAAAGAGAUCUCAGAUCUGAUCCAGUCAGACAGCACUCGUGAGGUCACAAGAUCCAGCACUGAUGCCUGGCAAAAUUCUUGGAGCUUCUGUGCGCAGUGGUUUGCGGCGCUGAGCAGUGGCGAGUGGGAUCUCUCCGGAAAGCUCGAGGGAAAGGACAACCUCUUCAAGGCCAUGGUGAAGAUGGUCUCCUUCAACCUGGAGCCAUUGCGCAAUCUGAAGCUGAACUCUAACCAGAUUCCGCCUUCAUGGGCGAAGGAACUCGCACGGAGAUGGUCCGGGAACCAGACCAUAGUCCGCUUGGAGAUGAGUGAGAAUGCCCUCGGUGCAGAUGGAGUGGAGGCUCUUGCGAGAUGUUUUCAACCAAGCACUCGCUUGGAAUGUUUGGUCUUGGAUAGCAACAGCUUUGGAGAUAAAGGAGCCGAGGCGCUGGGCACCAUGCUCACCCAGAACCGAUCUGUGCGCGAGCUCAGCGUCCGGCGAAAUCAGUUCGGCGACAACGGAGCCAAGGCCGUCGCCUUGGGCCUCAAAAGCCAUCGAAGCCUCAUGGCCUUGAUUUUAGAUGCGAAUGACAUUGCCGAUGUGGGUGGUGAGGCGUUGGCGGAUGCCUUGGACGGCGAGUUGCAGACCCUCCACAUCCAGCUCAACAAGCUCGGUGACCGAGGCUGCAAGGCACUGGAGGAGGCCGAGCAACGCUCCAAGACCUUGGUCGAUUUGAACAUAGACGACAAUGAUGGCGAGGCAUCUGAAGCAUGUGGAGAGCUCGCUCCAGGAGACCGCCACCCUCACAGGACACCGCGACACCGUAGGGCAGGCCAUCAGGACCGGCGCCGCCACGGCCGUAACAUGCAGCUACGACCGCACCCUGAGGGUCUGGGACCUGAUGACGAGCACGUGCACCGCCACGCUCACCGGACACGGCAGCAGGGUCUACGCCCUGUGCAUGGUCGACCGCUUCACCGUGGCCUCCGGCAGCCAAUCGGGCGAGGUGAAGAUCUUUGACCUGCGGUCCGGGCGGUGCACGGCGACCAUCGCCACGGGGCACGGCUGCGUUUCUGCCCUUUGCCGCUGGGGAAACGACCAAAUCGCGACCGGAGGCUCUGACAAGACCAUCCGAUUCUGGGAGGUCGCCUCCGGCCGCUGCGUCUGCACGUUGCGCGGGCACACCGAUUUUGUAAGGGCCGUGCGCAGGGUCACCGCGACGCUCCUGGCCAGCGCCAGUGACGACGGCACGGUCAAGACGUGGGAUCGGCGCACGGAGCAAUGUCUGGCAACACUGAAAGGACACGAAGGCAAGGUUUUCGCCCUGGUGAGGUUGUCUCACGGCAGCGUGGCCUCAGGCGGUAGAGACGACACCAUCAAAAUCUGGUGCCUGGAGACGGCCGCCUGCCGCCUCACGCUGACGGGCCACACCGACGCGGUAUGGGCGCUCGCCCGUUUGGGCUCCCGCACGCUGGCCAGCGGCAGCAAAGACCAAACGAUCCGCUUGUGGAAUCUGGUGACCGGUGCGUGUAACCAGGUCCUGCAUGGCCACGGCGCUAGCGUUCGGGCGCUUGUGCGCAUGGAUGCCGCCACGCUGGUGUCCGGCGACGAUAGCGGUGUCCUAAAGGUGUGGCGGAGCUCCGAGGCGACGCCCAAAGAGCAGCUGCCCAAUGAUAGCCAGAAGUAAGGGCUGAAGCGGCUUUGAAGAUUAAACGUGAGCAGACAGGAGAUGAGACCACCUGCCUGCCGCUCGGGAGCUACUCGGAGCAGCGCUUCGAAGCUUCGAGGCGAAUAGCUCCAUACUUGGCACUGAUUGCCUUGCAUCACGGUGUCAGCUUCAACUCGUGAGGGCAAGGUUACCGAUUUGGUCGAC